AUUUUUGACACGAACGGCAUCUCGGCUCUCUGCGUCCGACUCUGACGGAAGCAACCGACUGGACGGCCGCUCUCCGGUGUAAACCCUCGGUCGCACCGCCGCGCGCAGAACCCCACCGUCCAUGGCGCCGGCGGGGGAGGCGACGGAGGAGGAGGCCUGGGCGCAGGUGGACAUGAGCGCCAUGAGGAGGAGUUUGUUGAGCCUCAUCCACCGCUACUACCUGGAGGCCAUCUCGCGGCUGCCGGCGGCCGACCUCCGGGCCACCCUCGCGCGCGGUCUCCUCGUCGCGGGCCACUGCUACGGGCCCCUCCACCCCGUCCACAACAUCCUCCUCAGCUCCAUCUGGUACGCCGCCGCCUUCCCCCUCCGCGACGCCGACCAGAUCGAUGCCCACAUGAUCAGCAACGACGGCGUCGUCCGCGCGUGCCACCGCUCUCUCGACGGGCUGGUGGCUUCCCUCCGCCUCUUCUGUCCCCACCUCUCCACCGGCGACGCGCUGUGGAACCUAAUGUCCGCCGACGCCGAUCUGUCCGCCGCCGUCGCCCUGGCGGACCGGACCAGCAGAUCCAGCGCACAGAGAGCGAUGGGGUCUCAGGCCCAUGGCACCUUCCAGGCGGCCGCCCAGGCCGCACGCCACCCCAACCCGGCCGCCUUUGGGCUGUUCUCAUCGUCGGUGCUGCCCACUGUAAAACGAGACAUUGUCCUGUUUCUGCGCUCGACACACAUGCUUUCACCUAUGGACAUCGAGCGCCUUAACAAAUCACUAGUUCUUGACUUGCCAAACGAUCUUCUGCAGCCUCACUUAAUGGUCAGCCCAGGAGUUCUUGAUGUAAUCGCAUCCCACAGGAAACUGUUCAAGGACACACAAGAGAUAGUGCUCAAAGUCGUGACAGUGGCAUUGCGCAAGUACGCACUACAAUCCGGGGAACAGUUUGUUCUUCAUUCAGUGUGUGGUGUGAAUCUGCUGAAGAAAGAGAGAAUGGAUAACUGCUACCACAUCAAUUUCUUUGCGCAUCGUCAGGAAUCUGGUUCUGUGUUAGGUGCCCCUCGCCUCUUCUUCACGGAGGCACUUGUUCCAGCUUUGGAUGACAGCAGUAUCCGCUUGUGUGUGGUAGUUGAUCCGUUAAGAGAAAUAGGGAGUUGCUUUGCUUGUGAGACUAACAAAAAGAAGAUUGUGCACCCCACCUAUGAUGAAUACCUUGGUGGCCGGGACUUCCAAGUGGAUGAUGUUGACAAUGAUGGUGAUUUUCCAAAUCCAUUGGAUGUCGACUACAUCUUUUUUGAUGCUGAGAGAGACAGUGUUUUUGCAAAACACUUGGAUGAUAUAGCUACUUGUGACAAGGGUGGUUCUACAGAUGUUUUGGGGACUGCAAGGCCAUACUAUGAUGUUGAUUUUGGUAUCCUGACAGGAAGGUUUGAUGAUGUAAGUCUGUAGGAAAAUAAGCUAUACAUUAGGCCAUUAGGGAGCAGAGCUAAGGCGAUGACAAGACUACAUCUCGGUUGUCAUUUGAAUGAUAGCACAACUCCGCCAUUCUCCAAAAAUUACUGUAGAUGUUAUGCGUAUCAUGUUAACCUGUUGUGUUGCAGAAGUGCUUCAUUCAUAUUCUACUGGGCUAUCUAUACCCACUUUAUGAUCGAAGAACAUGCUGUGAGCCUUUUCUUAUAGAGAUGCUCUGUCUUUGGAAUUAUGCUUUUAAUAUAUCUUUACCCUUGUUGCCUG